ACCCUGGCAUACAUUGUGAUCGUUCAUCGGACGGCAGUAAGUCGUCUGCCGUCAAUUAAUUAAACAAAAAAAAAUAUUUAGUGAAAAGUGCAACAUGGCUAAAUUAUUAGUGCUCCUUACCCUCGCGGCAGUUGCCAGUGCAAACUCAUAUACCGCCUCCAAACUAGUAAAGAACAUUUAUAACGAAUGUUUGAGCCAAUAUUCGGUGGAAUGUGUGAAACCUAGGACCCUGCAGUGGAUUUCGCAAGUGUCCAACAAUGACGAGAUCAAGAUCACGGAUGACCUCUCCAUUGUGAAGACCGCGACCCUAGAAGACGACAUGGGAGUUGACCCCAGGAUGGCACAGGACCCUGCUUACCAGAUUGUAGACAAAGUGGACCGGUUCCUCCAGACACAUACCCUCAAAGUGAAAGUUCCUGAAGAAAUCACGAACAGUGCUGCUUCUGAGUAUGUGCCGCGGUCUCUGCUCACCGACUUGCCUUCUGAGUUGGAGAUGCCUCUGGAUGGUGAAGAGGACGGACAAGUCUUCGAGGGCAGAAAGAAGAAGAUCAAGCUCCCCAAGCCUUUGAGGAUCAAGAGCAAGCACGGAUUCAUCAAGAAGGUUCUGCUGCCCUUCCUCCUCGGUCUGAAAUUCAAGGCUUCAGUGCUGGUUCCCCUGGCUCUUGCCCUCAUCGCUCUCAAGACCUGGAAGGCUCUGACUCUGGGUCUCAUCUCCCUUGUUCUGUCUGGUGCUAUGGUAAUCUUCAAAUUCACGAAACCCAAGGUCGUGAACUACGAAGUCAUCCACUACCCCCAGCACCACGUUGAACACCACGUAGACCACCACGCCCCCGGCUGGGACGCGCACGGACCCUACCAGGCCAGAAACUUCGACGACGCACACGAAAUGGCCUACUCCGCACAAAUCUAAAGAAAAUGAAACAAAUAGCUUUAAAACUACGGACCUCUGACUAAAUUAUUUAAUUAUUUAUUUAUUUAUUAACUUAUUGUAAAUAAAAUUCUGUAUAAAGUAAGUUUCACAUUCGA